UGUGCAGCUGCUACUGCGCUCAUUACUAGGCUGAGCUAGAGUAGAUGUCAGAAAGGAGGAGUGCGGCUUCCUAGGACCCAGGAGAAACCCGUUCCUAGGGCUCUGCAUUGCCAUUAGCGCCGACCGGCGCGCCGCUUCCUCCAUCUAUCCUACGGGCGGGCAGGCAGGCGGGCACCCGGUCUAGAAGCCACCUCCAGCCCAGACCAAGGGUAGCUGCGGGUGGGAAACCGCAAACCAGAGUCUGGGGGUAGGGAGACGGGCCGGGAAGUAGUGCGUUUGCUUUCCGGGCGGUGCCCUUUGCACUGAUGCUCGCUUGGAAAUCUGCGGGAUUUGAAUUUCAUUAUUCCCUCCAUUCCCGGGGUCUGUUCCUUUAUUUAUUUUUUUAUUUGAAGGAGUGGUGAGGUCGUGGGGGAAUAGCCAGGGCUGCAGGUUUCUCUAGGCUUGCUGGAGCGGUAGCCCCGCCCCCGCAUCACCCAGCUCACGCGCCCUGGGGGAAGGGCUGUAAGUGAAGGGCGGUGGGCUGGGCCGCGGCCCGCAGGCAUCCCUGGGGUGGUCUGAGGCCCUGGGGCUCUUGCCAACCCGGGUACGGGUAGCCCCAGAGCACAGGGAUUGGGAGUCAGAGCGGGCGUCCCCGGGCCCCGGUGCGGUGGGCGGGGGUGCGUGACGCGCUCGCGCGCGGGCACAUUGGAUGCGUCUGUCUCAGGACUCCCUCCUCUCCCCUCCCUCUUCUCCAAAGAGCGGCGAACUGCGGGAGCCGGGUCGUUAGCCAGCAGCUGUACCCUGCAAUAGCCCGUGGGGCAUUGUGUGUGCUUGUGUGCCUGCGUGGGCAGCGUGAGCCGGGGGCCAGCUUCGGAAGUUUGGAGCCUUGUUCAGAGCAGCCUCUCUCCACCCCAGGCUGCUACAAGCUGCUGCCCAGUCAGCUGGAGUUGGGAGGCUUUGGGGAGUGUUGUGGAUGUAUGUGUAGGGGGGGGGGGGCGGGCGUCUGGGAGACUGGGAUGGAGGCUACAGUGGGCACCAGCAGGCACAGCUGGCACUUGUAGAGCAGGGCCGCAUCCUGAGCGAACCAGGCCCGCUUAGUUGGCUACAGCUCCAUUUACACCCCUCAAAGCCAUCACCCAGGAGAAGGCGGAGUAUGCUGAACCUAGGUGCCCCAGAGCCUUAAGGUGCAUUGAGAGAGAACACCGAAUCCCAUUUCCUUUGUGACUUAAGUGUCCGAGGAGGAGAUUUGGUUGGCAUAUUUUGGUGAGAGGCUUAAGGGCUUUCCUACCGUUUCAAUGGCCAACACUCGGAGUAUUGAGCUGGAACACUUUGAGGAGAGGGACAAAAGACAGCGGCUAGGCUCCAGGAGAGGGGGGCCCAGCUCCUCAGGGGGCAGCAGCAGCUCAGGCCCCAAGGGAAAUGGGCUCAUCCCCAGCCCAGCACACAGUGCCCACUGCAGUUUCUACCGCACCCGGACUCUGCAGGCCCUCAGCUCUGAAAAGAAAGCCAAGAAGGCCCGCUUCUACCGGAAUGGGGACAGGUAUUUUAAGGGCCUGGUCUAUGCCAUCUCCAGCGAUCGCUUUAGGUCCUUCGAUGCCCUCCUCAUGGAGCUUACCCGUUCCCUGUCAGACAACGUGAACCUGCCUCAGGGAGUCCGAACCAUUUACACCAUCGAUGGCAGCCGGAAGCUCACCAGCCUGGAGGAGCUGGUUGAAGGUGAAAGUUACGUAUGUGCAUCUAAUGAACCAUUUCGAAAAGUUGAUUACACCAAGAAUAUUAAUCCAAAUUGGUCAGUGAACAUCAAGGCUGGGUCAACUCGACCAGUGCCGCCAUUAGCUUCUACAAAGAGUGAAGUGAAGGAAAGCAAAGAUUUCAUUAAACCCAAAUUAGUGACUGUAAUUCGGAGUGGAGUGAAGCCCCGGAAAGCUGUGAGGAUCUUGCUGAAUAAGAAGACAGCCCAUUCAUUUGAGCAAGUCUUGACAGACAUAACAGAAGCCAUUAAACUAGAUUCCGGUGUUGUCAAGAGGCUCUGUACACUUGAUGGGAAGCAGGUUACUUGCCUACAAGACUUUUUUGGUGAUGAUGAUGUUUUUAUUGCCUGUGGACCUGAAAAAUUUCGUUAUGCCCAAGAUGAUUUUGUCCUAGAUCAUAGUGAGUGCCGGGUCUUGAAGUCAUCAUAUCCUCGUUCCCAUGGUACAGCUAAGCAGUCUGGAUCCAAAAGUCCUGGGCCUUCCCGUCGCAGCAAAUCACCUGCCUCAGUAAAGAGGGGUGGCCUCUACUCCACUGCUCAUUCUACAACUAAAUCCUCAGUUAAUGGGACACCCAGCAGUCAGCUUUCCACUCCUAAAUCAACAAAAUCCUCCAGUUCCUCUCCAACCAGUCCAGGAAGCUUCAGAGGACUCAAGAUUCCACCACACUGUGGGUCUUCUUCCAAUGUCAAUGGUGGACCUGAACUGUACCGUUGCCUGAGCCCUGAAGGUGUGAAUGGAAACAGGUGCUUUGAGUCAUCAACCCUUCUUGAGAAAUACCGAAUUGGCAAGGUCAUUGGUGAUGGCAAUUUUGCUGUGGUGAAGGAAUGCAUAGAUAGGUCUACUGGGAAGGAGUUUGCCCUAAAAAUUAUCGAUAAAACCAAAUGCUGUGGAAAGGAACACCUGAUUGAGAAUGAAGUGUCAAUACUGCGCAGAGUUAAACAUCCCAAUAUAAUCAUGCUGAUUGAGGAAAUGGAUACUGCUACUGAGCUUUUUCUGGUGAUGGAAUUAGUCAAGGGUGGUGAUCUUUUUGAUGCGAUUACUUCUUCCACCAAGUACACAGAGAGAGAUGGGAGUGCAAUGGUGUACAACCUAGCAAGUGCGCUGAAGUAUCUUCAUGGUCUCAAUAUUGUGCACAGAGACAUCAAGCCUGAGAACCUUUUGGUAUGUGAAUAUCCAGAUGGAACCAAGUCUUUGAAACUGGGAGACUUUGGGCUGGCCACCGUGGUCGAAGGCCCUUUGUAUACGGUCUGUGGUACACCCACUUAUGUGGCUCCAGAAAUCAUUGCUGAGACUGGCUAUGGCUUGAAGGUGGACAUCUGGGCAGCUGGCGUGAUUACUUACAUCCUCCUCUGUGGAUUCCCACCUUUCCGAAGUGAGAAUAACCUUCAAGAAGACCUCUUUGAUCAGAUCCUGGCUGGAAAGCUGGAGUUUCCUGCCCCGUACUGGGAUAACAUCACUGACUCAGCAAAGGAAUUAAUCAGCCAAAUGCUGCAAGUAAACGUGGAAGCUCGAUGUACAGCAGGACAGAUCUUAAGUCAUCCCUGGGUGUCAGACGAUGCCUCCCAGGAGAAUAACAUGCAAGCCGAGGUCACAGGUAAACUGAAACAGCACUUUAACAAUGCCCUUCCCAAACAGAACAGCACAAACACCGGUGUCUCCGUCAUCAUGAACACAGCUCUAGAUAAAGAGGGUCAGAUUUUCUGCAGCAAGCACUGUCAAGAUGCCAGCAGGGCGGGGAUGGAGCAAACUUCUCCCAUUCCUUCUCUUGCCGAGGAGCCUCCCGUGCCCGAGCCUGCAGACCUCCAUCCCUUUGCUUCUCUGGAGACACCUAGCUCCCCCAGCCCUCCUGCAGCCGCCGGCGGAGAACGGGCUGGGUCCUGGCGGCGCCUCCGUGACUGACACUCCGCCGGACCAACCGCCGCAUCUGGGGAUGUUGGGAAGCCCAGGCUUUCCCCUCCCGAGCCCUUUCCUCUCUCCCUGUCGUGGCCUGGGUGGAAGUUUGUCACCCUGGGGAAUCGGGGCAAUUGUUGGAGAGCGCUAAGGCUUGUGGGACACUUUUGGAGCUCUGGCAUCUGCCUUAAGCAUGCUGUGGUGUGGACUUCGGACAAACACAUUUGGGCUCUUUUUUUAAACUUCAUAUUUACUGUUUAAUGAGCACUUCGACCCUCUCCCUUAUCCCCUCCUGUAAUUUUCUGAAGCAUUUUUCAGCAGACCCUUUGGAGGAUGCUUUCCUUUCUUUGAACAGCCAGAACUCGGCUACACAGAAGGAUUUUUCUCUCAGAGACAAAACCUUUUCAUUUGCUCCUUAGCUCACUGGCCCAGCCAGUCUUGCUGAAGGGACACAUUGGUGCGUAGAAAAGGCGAGCACCCGAAAGGGAGAAGAAACAGUCUUUGGACCCCCCUUCCAAAAGCUGGGCUUGGAGGAGAGGGGACGGUAAUGGAGAGCACAGACCACGUGGCUUAUGAAACCCCUGGCUAUUUAUUUGUUCAAAGAUGAGGAGAAAUGGCCUUCCUUUCCUACCUGUUCUGUCCUCUUCCCAAGCUGAAUGCCCAGGCCCUGUUAGGGAGAUGACUCCUCAGUAGAUCUUUGGUCUUCUGAAUGGCAGACUGGCCUGGUGCCCAGUCAGUGGGGUCUGGGGUUGUUUGCCCUUCUGCUGAAAGGAGACACAGAGAAGAUGGCAGUUGAGUUGCUCCAGGUGGCCAUAUCUUCUUCCAGCAUCCUGCUGCUGGAGUCUGGCAGGGCCGGGAAGGAGCCCUGAGGUGAGAAGCCUUGAUCGUCCUGCCGCCUCCAGGACGCCUUCCUCUCUCUUCCUCUGCUGGUUUCAAUAAUGUACCUAAUUCACAGACUUGGUUUACCUGCUCAUCUUUCACAAGCGGGGCCUGUGGGAUUCCUUCUGACUUCAUGUUGAGUUUGCAUUCUGCUUAGCAGUGUUAACAGACCUACAAUAAACUUUUUCUUGAUGAGCAAAUGAUCACUGGUUGGAGGGAGGGAAGAGCCAGAGUAAGGGAGAGAGCCCCAUCACAGCCUUUUUUGGAGGACUCCGACUCACUUCUGUUUCUUUGAGCCAGUUUUAGCAGGUCAGCGCCGCUUUGGGACAGGCCCCAGAUUGGGAGGCUCAAGAAGCCACGUGGGGACGGCUCCCCAUCUUAAAGACUGAAGGAAGGGAAGGAGGAGGCAUUUGUAUCACUGUCUCCAUGGAACUUUAAGAACUCAUGGACAGAGAAAGGUAGACUAUAAAUAGUAGCGGCACGAGGGCCCAGAGCUUAGAGGGGGGCUGGGAAGUUCUGAAGUUAGGUUUAGAGAUGGCUUAUCAUCCUAGAAACCCAAAUCUGAGCCUUGGCUCGUUCUUGGCUGGCUAAGCUUCCGUUCACUGGGAUCCUGGUUCCCAAGUUCCGCUACUGAUUCGCCUCAAGGCCAUUUGCACCCUCCCUUUUUCCAUUUCUGUAAAAGGACGAUAAAAUGCGUUUGCUUUGUGCUAAAGGCUAGUUAGUGAUCUAGAUCCAGAGAGAGAGGCUUUGUAGGGAAAGGUGGGAAACGACUCCCCAAAACCAGUGAGUGAAACUUUCAUGUUGGACAUCUUUGCCAAACCAGCCUGGCUUCUGAUGAGAAUGGGACGAUGCCGUAAGCACAUGAGCAUGGCAUUUAACAGAAUGUUUCAAAGUAUGACUCGGAUCACAGUCCUGAUGAGGGGAUCCCCACCGAUGGCCCGAUGCCAUCUCGGUGAAGCCCGCAGGGCGCUGUCCUCGCACCUGUUCUGUUGGACCUUGCUACUAAUGAUUUCUAGGAAGACAUGCAAAGCCUGCUGAUGAAAUCUGUGGGAAACAGGAAGCUGGGCUGGGCAGUGAACGAGUGCAUUAUGGGGAGACAGACUUCAGAGGCUACCUAGUUUAACCCCUUCACUUUACAGAUGAGGAAACUGAGACCCGUGGAGGUUAAGUGGCUGCGAGGAUGGAAAGGAAAUGAAACUAAAUUUGAAGGUGACAAUCAAGCUCCAAAACAAUCUUGACAAGAUGACAAGACUGGAAUAAAUGACAAGGGGGGGAGGGGGGUCAUGUAAUAUUGUACAUCUAGUUUUUUAAAAAUAUCAAAUGUACCGAUACAGAAUGAGAAGAAUCUAGAAUGGUUAACGGUUGUUGUAAAAAAAAAAUCAAGCAGUUGUAACAUGCACUAUGAAAAGAAAGCCCCACAAUUUAAUCUUUGGUUCUAUUCAUGGGAGUGUAGUAGUGUAUCAUUAUACUUACUCUAGUCAGACCAUGCCUGGCAUGCGGAUGCUCACAAGCCCCAGGAGGACAAGCAGGGUGGCUGGCUCACUCGAAGAAUGGCUUGGAGCAGCUGAUGUUAGGGGGGGACACGGUACGUUCAGCUUUUGGAGGACUGCCAGACUGACAAAAGGAGACUGCACUCGGCAGUGACAAGAAGGCAGGUUUGGGUUCAGUAGCAGGAAGAACAACUCUCCCCAUUCAUGAAAAUUGGACAGAAGCAGAAUAGGCUGCCUUGGGAUGUAGCGAGCUCCCCACCAAGAGGCUAGACGUCAGAGCGACUCCAGAGGGCAUCAUGGGAAUGGAUGGAAGGUUGGAUUAAAUGGCCCUUCAAGUCCCUCCCAACUCUUUAGCUUCCAAGGCAUUAAAAUUUCUGAGCAAGCAUUUAUUUCUUAAGCCCCCUCCGGUUUGUAAUCUGGCAAGUGAAGAGUUCAUUCUCCAAAGAUGCGGCCCAUUUUUUCAUUCUCUGCUUAAUAUUAUUACUAACACAUCCUGGUGUGAGAGCUCUGUGUUCUCGGUGAGUUAUUGUGCUGGAUGGAGAAGGGGCUGCUCUGGCAAAGCUCUUUGGUGAGCGAUUCUUCCUCAAGCCAUGCAAGAAAACCAAAUGCCUAAGAAACGGCAGAUUUGCCCAGGGAGGAGAAGCGAGCCCAAGACAAGCAGUGGGAAAAGGAGCAGAGUGGUUUUGCCAUCUCAGGUCGGCUGUUUUGUUUGUUGAAAGUUUAAGGACCAUGAACACUUGUUGAUAUGGAGAAAGGAGGAAGGAGACUGAAUAAGAAGCCAAGAGAGCCCGUUUUUCCUGAUCUGGACUUCUUGAGGGAUGACUGGCUGUUGUGACAAUCUGUUUUCUUGAAAGGACUAAAGAUACCAGUACAAGAUCUGAUCUCACACACGGUAGGCCCAGGCCACAGAGACUUGAUACCAUUUGCAGGAGCUGGCAUCUCCUAGUUUGUGGGAUACUCCGUUCCUUUCUAUGCACACUGCACCCUUCUGAUGCUCGUCCCUCUCAUGCUAGCAAGGCCUGGCAAGUCAUCCCCAGUGUCCCUGGCGGCUCUGACCGGCAUUCUAGACACCAAGAUCGGUCCUAUCAUCAGAUUCAAUUUUGCUACUGAUUUUUCACCUUUAGUAAACUAAGAAGAGAAAGCAGGAAUGGCUUUCUCUGGUUCCAGGUACAUUUUCCCCUCGGGAGUAUUGACAUUUGCUAUUUCCCAGAGGAUUUCUUUCCUCGCACCUGCUGCCCAUGAAGCGCACAACACGAAAUGGAAGAAAUGCUAUCAAGGAGGAUCUUCUUAGUGAAGCGAUCAAUGUGAGGAAGCCACGGCCACUAUUUGAAGGAAGGAAGUGUUGUAUAGACAUGGCAGGUAGCUUUUAAUGUGUUUCAAUAGGAUUAGUGUAAGGCGUGUUUGAUGUCUAUAAGUAUAGGUGGGUCUGCCAUGAUUCUUAUUGGGGUCUUGGAGCUGCCCUGGGAAUGGGGUUUCUUAACCUCUUUUGGGUGGAUCCUGGAUCCUUUUGGCAGUCUGGUGAAACCUGUGGGCCCUUUUUUAGAAUAAUGUUUUAAAAUACAUAAAAACAAAAUACGUAGGAUUACCAAGGAAAGAAAUUGUAGUGAGAUAGGAGUUGUUUUUCCCCCCAGCAAAGCUCAGGACCACUUCUUCACUCAAUCCACAGCGCCCAAGGUCAAGUAUUCCCAGGAGGCUGGCUGUCCUCAGAUGUAGCUACUAGCCCACCCUGCUGGGGAAUCCUUUAUAUGCCUACAUCUACAUAUGACCAUAUGCAUAUAAAUAUGUACAUAAACAUCUCUGUGAAGUGAAGAGGAGGAUCCUGGCUGUAUACUGGAAGAAGGGACAUUCCUGAAUUUGGAAGAAGUCUGGAUUAAUCCUGAAGGACUCCAUAAUUAAAAUGCAGCUGAUUAUAGAGAGGUACUGGAGACAAGAAGAGCAAGGAAUGACUCCCGUGUUACAAGAUUCAACGCCAAAGAUAAAGCAGAGUGGCAAAAAUACUGGAGAAGCGUGCAGCGUGAUAAAAGAGAUUGCAAAGGAAAAGGAGCAGCAGGGCCCAAACACAGUAUUCUUUCCUAGGGGAAAUAGUGUUGAGAAGAGAUGCAGUGGCCUUGAAUGACUCAUCAAUGCAGACUCUAAAACAACGGACUGAUUAAUCUUUUUAAAACAUCUUGCUUGUGAUACUUGUCUUGCAUAAUUCCCAAGCUUUCUGGAAAUCAUAACAAGAAGAGGAUUUUGGGAAGUGUCAACCAAAAUCAAAAGAAAUCAAAGAAAUACCUCCUGGCUAGGAAGAGAAUUAGUGGAUUGGACCUAUACAUGGGGUGGAAGGCAGAGCUAAUCAUUAGUGGGAGCAAAAAAGUGACUUAAAAGGAUAAAGGGCCAUUGACAGGAAGUUCAUCUCUGGUAAACACAGCAACAGGAUCUGGCGACAAAUUUCUGCUCUGAUUUCAUAUCCCAAAUGAUAGAACUACCAUGCUUUCAUAAUUAAAUGACUGUUCAUGGGAGUCAGCUGGUGAUUCAUUCUCACUUCUAUUUGUAUUCACUUACAUUCUUUCUCUUUAGAAAAUCUGAAACUGAAUAGUUGCUGGGAAGAGCAAGAAGUGGAAGAGGGAGUUCACAUUCUGCCCGCUAUUCCACAUGGGCUUGUUGUAAACAGCGUGCCUAUUAUUGGGCAUCAUUCGGGGUUAGAGUACACCUAGAGUGGGAUCACCUGGACACGCUGGCAGGACGGGAAUACGAGCCUUGGAGAUUUACGGUGCUCUGACGUCGAGUAGCAUUCUGCGCAGAAGCUGGCCUGGGUGCACGCUGUGGACUGUCCUAGAGAUGUGUCUGUGGGGUUUUUAAUAAAUAGGUUAAUUCUUAGUGACUUGUCUUGUGUAGAGCUGGCUUAUGAUAUUCUUUCUGUUGUUCUCAAUGAAAAACAAGAACUUCUUUUCUGCCAUGGGCCAUUAUGGAAUUCUAGUCACACCAACCCUAGUGUAUGUCUGUCAGGUUUCAUUUCACCCACGUUCUCUUAAACCUUUCCCCCUUGAGAACUGGCUGCACUUCUUAAAACAGCAGAACUCUGGGACUGGCGUAGGACCCUUUAAAUCAGUGGUUCUCGACCUUUCUAAUGCCGUGACCCCGCGAUACAGUUUCUCAUGUUGCGGUGACCCCAAACCAAAAACUUAUUUUGGUGGCUACUUCAAAACUGUAAUGUUGCUACAGUUAUGAUUCGGAAUGUAAAUACCUGAUAGGCAUUAUGUAUUCUCAUUGCUACAAAUUGAGAGGUUGAGAACCGCUGCUUUAAAUGAGGAUAAAGCAUGAUCAGAAGGAAAAUCUGAUGUUUCUUAAUGCCAUCCAUGCCUUACCAAAUGAGCAAUUCUUUUGACCUUUACGGGUCACUGUUCCCGGGGACGCAUUUCUUUAGGCCAUCCAGUCUUUCAUACUUCCUCACAGUAGCACCUCAACUUUACCCUGUUUUUGAAAAUGUUUCAACCCUUGCUUGCAUUUAGUAGGUUCAAAAUGAGUUUUCUGACAUGAAUUUUUGAGCUAAAAUUAGCAAAUGGCCAAUUCUCUUUUAGACAUGGCUUUAAGUGGAAGUCAGUUUGCAAGGAUACCAAUCAUGUUGUUUCUUUGAAGUGCUAUUUUACUUCUGUAUCAGCUUUCCUAACUAUGGGACAUAUAUUUGAAAAAAGAAUAAAGGAACCAAGAUGGCCCUGA